UUCCUGUGGUGGGGACUUGCCGCCAAUGAGGGCCAGGGCUAUCACGUGGGGUCUGACAGCUGAGGAGGGGGUGGCCCUGAGCAAUGUGGUCCAAAGACAGCCAGCACUGACCGGGAGCUGCAGGGCUGAGAGCCCCCCAGGCCUGCCUGCCCUCACCCUGGGCCUCCGGGGCUGGCUCUACCAUGUUCUCUAGGAAGAAACGAGAACUUAUGAAAACUCCCUCUAUUUCCAAAAAGAACCGCGCGGGGAGCCCCAACCCGCAGUCCUCCUCAGGGGAACUGUCCAAGAAGGACUAUACAGAGGCUCCCAGCCUCGAGCCGUCAGCCACGUCCCUGUCCGCGGGCGCCAAGGCCACAGGCACACUCAAAAGGCCCACCAGUCUGAGCCGCCAUGCCAGCGCCGCUGGCUUCCCACUCUCGGGGGCGGCCACCUGGACCCUGGGCCGUGGAUACCGAAGUCCCCUGUCUGCAGCCAGCCCCGCAGAGCUACCCAGUGAAGGGCCAUUCCCUGACGGGGUAGAAGACAUCUCAGCCCUGCUGGCUGACGUGGCCCGCUUUGCUGAGGGCUUGGAGAAACUCAAGGAGUUUGUGCUGCGUGAUGACCUCCUUGAGGCCCGCCGGCCCCUGGCCCACGAGUGCCUGGGUGAAGCUCUGCGGGUGAUGCGCCAGGUCAUCUCCAGAUACCCACUCCUGAACACCGUGGAGACGCUCACAGCCGCCGGCACACUCAUUGCCAAGGUCAAAGCCUUCCAUUACGAGUGCAACAAUGAGUCAGAUAAGAGGGACUUUGAGAAGGCGCUGGAGACCAUCGCGGUGUCCUUCAGCUGCACUGUGUCUGAGUUCCUUUUGGGCGAAGUGGACAGCAGCACUCUCCUGGCCGUGCCUCCCGGGGACCCCAGCCAGUCCAUGGAGAACCUUUACGGAGCCAGCAGCGAGGGAUCCCCACCCAGCGUGGAGGACUGUGAAGAAGGCUGCCUGCCCCCCGAAGAGGUAGAUAUGCUUCUCCAGCGCUGCGAGGGGGGUGUGGACGCCGCAUUGCAGUAUGCGAAAGACAUGGCCAGAUACAUGAAAGACCUCAUCAGCUACCUGGAGAAGCGCACCACCCUGGAGAUGGAAUUCGCUAAAGGCCUACAGAAAGUUGUCCAUAACUGCAGACAGAGCGUCACGCACGAGCCCCACAUGCCCCUCUUGUCCAUCUACGCACUGGCCCUGGAACAAGAUCUGGAGUUUGGCCACGGCAUGGUGCAGGCAGUGGGAACGCUACAGACCCAGACGUUCAUGCAGCCCCUGACCCUGAGGCGCUUGGAGCAUGAGAGACGCAGGAAGGAAAUCAAAGAAUCUUGGCAUCGGGCUCAGAGGAAACUGCAAGAGGCAGAGGCCAACCUGCGCAAGGCCAAGCAGGGCUACAAACAACGCUGUGAAGACCAUGACAAGGCCCGGCUCCAGGUGGCCAAAGCCGAGGAGGAGCAGCAGGCCACAGGGCCAGGAGCAGGGACUGCUGCCACCAAGGCCCUGGACAAGAGGAGGAGGCUGGAGGAAGAGGCCAAAAACAAGGCCGAGGAGGCCAUGGCCACUUACCGCACAUGCGUGGCAGACGCAAAGACGCAGAAGCAGGAGCUGGAGGACACAAAGGUGACGGCGCUGCGGCAGAUCCAGGAGGUCAUCAGACAGAGUGAUCAGACCAUCAAGUCGGCCACCAUCUCCUACUACCAGCUGAUGCACAUGCAGACAGCACCGCUGCCCGUGAACUUCCAGAUGCUGUGUGAGAGCAGCAAGCUGUACGACCCGGGCCAACAGUACGCAUCGCACGUGCGGCAGCUGCAGCGAGGCGAGGAGCCGGACGUGCACUACGACUUUGAACCUCACGUCUCCACCAGUGCUUGGUCCCCAAUCAUGCGCACACGGAAGGGCAGCUUCAACCCUGGGGAUGCCACAGUACCUGAAGCUGCUGGCAGUCCCCCUGAGGAAGGUGACGCCUCGGAGGGGGCUCCCAGCAAGGACCAUAGGGGUGGACGCGGUCACCAGGUACAUAAGUCCUGGCCCAUCAGCAUCUCAGACACCGAGGUCAGCCUGGACACCAGCACAGGGGACUUGAAAAAGUUUGAUCGAACAUCGUCUAGCGGGACCAUGUCAUCCAGCGAGGAGCUGGUAGAUCAGGAAGCUGGUUUGGGAGCCUCAGCCUUUGAGUCAGCUGACCUCAAUGGCAUGGACCCCGAGUUGCCCGUGGCCAUGCCCAGCGGACCCUUCCGUCAUGUGGGACUGUCCAAGGCGGCCCGCACACACCGCCUUCGGAAGCUGCGCACACCCGCCAAGUGCAGAGAGUGUAACAGCUACGUGUACUUCCAGGGAGCUGAGUGUGAAGAGUGCUGUCUGGCUUGUCACAAAAAGUGUUUGGAGACCCUCGCCAUCCAAUGUGGUCACAAGAAGCUCCAGGGCCGCCUGCAGCUGUUCGGACAGGACUUUAGCCACGCGGCCUGCAGCACCCCUGAUGGUGUGCCCUUCAUUGUCAAAAAAUGUGUCUGCGAGAUUGAGCGGCGAGCUCUGCACACCAAGGGCAUCUACCGGGUCAACGGCGUGAAAACGCGCGUGGAGAAGCUCUGCCAGGCCUUUGAGAAUGGCAAAGAGCUGGUGGAGUUGUCACAGGCCUCGCCCCACGACAUCAGCAAUGUCCUAAAGCUAUACCUGCGCCAGCUGCCGGAGCCCCUCAUCUCUUUUCGCUUCUACCAUGAGCUGGUGGGGUUAGCCAAGGAGAGCCUCAAGGCAGAAGCUGAGGCCAAGGCUGCGAGCCGGGGCCGGCAGGAUGGGUCUGAGAGCGAGGCUGCAACCUUGGCCAUGGUGGGCCGCCUGCGUGAGCUCAUGCGGGACCUGCCAGCUGAAAACCGGGCCACAUUGCUGUACCUGCUGAGGCACUUGCGAAGGAUCGUGGAAAUGGAGCAGGAUAAUAAGAUGACCCCUGGGAAUCUGGGCAUUGUGUUUGGGCCCACGCUGCUGCGGCCUCGACCAACCGAAGCCACCGUGUCCCUCUCCUCCCUGGUGGACUAUCCUCACCAGGCCCGUGUCAUUGAGACACUGAUUGUCCACUAUGGCCUGGUCUUUGAGGAGGAGCCAGAGGAGUCACCUGGCAGCCAGGAGGGGGUGCCCACCCAGUGUGGCCAGCUGGGGACAGCCGAGAGCAUUGUCAUCCCCCUGCAGGAGGAGGCGGAGGCCGGAGGCCGAGAAUCCCGAGUGGCAUCCAAUGACUCGGACUCGGAGCUAGAAGAAGCCUCUGACCCUCUGUCUUCCUCGGACGCCAGCGCCCUGCAUCACCUCAGUUUCCUGGAACAGGCCGAGGCAGGCCUGGAGGAAGGUCCCCAGAGCCGCAGUGGCAGUGAGGAGCAGCUAGAGGGUGAGGAUGGAGACCCCGGUCAGCAGCUGUGCGCCUUUAACACCAACCAGUCCAACAACACAGUGCAGGCCCCUCUGCCCGCCACGCGGCUGCGGCUCCGAGGUGGACAGAUUGCAGGUGGUACCGGUUGGGAGCGCCAGCCACAGUUUGUCUGA